AUGUCAAUUGACGGCAACCACGUAAAACUCACCAAUCACCGGUACGAGUAUUCGACGGUAGUUAUCCAGGAUAUGAGAUCGAUCUCGCCCUACGACAUGUCUCCUUUCACUCUGGAUCGCUCCGGCUUCACAGUGCUCAGCGACAUAUUGAACGCUUCCCAAAUCGAGUCCGACCACGCUAUAAAGACACAAUACUUUGAGCAUAUCCGGGCGUUGCUCCUACGGACCUUUCCACACUACACUGAUAUCUUCUAUGCAGGCCAUCUGCAACGCAGGCGGCACCCUGCAUUUCCGCAUGCUUUGCCGAACAGCGUGGAGGGAGAGCUGCACUAUGCGCAGCCCUUGACUGUGCCGCACCUUGACUACACACCCACCAGUGCAGCCCAGCGUCUGGCACAGCUUUGUGGUCCAGGAGAAAACACAGCGGUGGAUAAGCCAUUCGAUCAACUCAACGUUUGGAGAGUCACCCAAGGACCGAAUAACGACUGGCCGCUUGCUCUCUGCGACUUCCGCACCGUGGACCUCGCUCGAGAUGCGGUGCAAAAUCGGGUUGUGGGAACUGACGACGGUGCCAGUGAGAACUACCAUCUCCAGAAGCAUGCUGCCCAUAGGUGGUACUACGUGAGCGACCAAACUACGGAUGAGGUAAUCGUGUUCCGCAACUCUUGCUCGGAAGGUCGAGAUAAGCCGUGGGCGUGGCAUACAGCUUUUGAUACUGGAGACACGGCGGACUCAUGUCGCGAGAGCAUCGAGUUGGUUCUCUUUGCUGUCUUGUGA